AACUAUUGCACGAAAAGCUAUGAAAAUAUUUUUGAGGUUAGAAAAUUUUUCUCGCUUAUUUUACAAAAAAUCGCAUUUUUCCUCACCUCAAGUUCUUUAUUUUAGUCUAAAAAGGCAGAAUAUCCACUUUAUUUUAUAGAAAAUUUGUUAAUUUUGACAGCCCUAAAGUGAAACGGACCCGAUCAGAGAUCAUAGCCGACUCGUAGAGACUCUGGUAGAGAUGUUCUUUAUCACUUGGCCCUGGGCUUAUAUUCCAGUGUACUCUUUCAAGCAACAGCCAAUAAAUUGAAAUUGAAAGAAGAAAAAAAAAUAAUUGAAAAUAACCUUGCAUAAAGUUUUUAAAAAGACAAAAGUCAAGAGACCGUAUGUUAAUUUUUUUGAGCUUUUUGUAUAUUACCUGAUUGUACCUGAUAUUACAUCAGAUUACAAACGGAAGUCAGACUGUUGUAGAUUAAUUAUAUUAUUUAUUCAUUAUUUACUUUUAUUAUGAGUUUCAAUAUUAUUGAGAAAUAUAACGAAGAAGCCUGCGAGGCGGAAAAGCAGAUAGGGUAUAUCAAAAAUCAAAUAGCUAAAAUAGAAAACAGUAUAAAAAUUAAUAAUCAAUAUAAUUUAGAUGCAGAAGUAUCCAAGCUGUAUACAGAAAAUAUAAAACUUAAACAUCGAUUAUCUGUAUUAAAUCAGGCCAUAAAGGCAUGCUCGAAAACCAAUAAUAAAAUUGAGAAUAUUGAAAUGGAAGAUAGUAUUUUACAAAUAAUAACAAAAUUAUUUGGAAAUGCUGUUAAGUUGGCUUGUCCAGAAAUUACAGAUUUACCAAUAAUUGAUAUUUCAUUAUCAGGAAAUAAGCCGAAUUUUGGUGAUUAUCAAUGUAACUCAGCAAUGGCAUUGGCAAAUCUAUACAAACAGUUAGGAAAAAAAGUUGCUCCUAGAGUUAUUGCACAACAGAUUGUUGAACAUAUCCAACCUCAUCCUUUGGUUAACAAACUUGAUAUAGCCGGACCUGGUUUUAUAAAUAUUUUUUUAAAUAAGGAUUAUGUUCAAAAAUACCUUUCCGCAAUAUUUGAAUCUGGGGAAGUUAAACCUCCUGUAGUAAAAAAAUUAAAGGUUUUAGUGGAUUUUUCAUCUCCCAACAUUGCAAAAGAGAUGCACGUUGGACACUUAAGAUCCACAAUUAUUGGUGAUAGUAUUUCUCGUCUAUUGGAAUACUUGGGCCACGACGUUAUGCGCAUUAAUCACGUUGGCGAUUGGGGAACGCAGUUUGGCAUGUUGAUAGUGCAUUUACAGGAGAAAUUUCCUGAUUAUUUAAUCAAGUCACCACCUUUAAGCGAUCUACAAAAUUUUUAUAAGGAAGCUAAAAAACGUUUUGAUGAAGAUGAAGAGUUCAAAAAGAGAGCUUAUGCCAGCGUGGUGAAAUUGCAAUCAUUCGAACCUGAACAUACAAAGGCUUGGAAUCUUAUUUGUGAUGUAUCGCGCAAAGAACUCCAAAAAAUUUACGAUCGUCUCGACAUAAAAUUGAUCGAACGUGGCGAAUCGUUCUAUCAGACCCGAAUGGAGCAAAUUGUAAAGGAAUUAAAAACUGCUGGAUUUUUAGAAAAUGACGACGGUAGAGAAAUUAUGUGGGGCGGUGGCACUGUUCCACUUACGAUCGUAAAAUCAGACGGUGGUUAUACGUAUGAUACGUCAGAUAUGGCCGCACUGAAACAACGAAUUGAGGAAGAAAAAGUCGAUUGGGUGAUAUAUGUCACUGAUGCGGGGCAGGCCACUCAUUUUCAGACAAUUUUCGCUUGUUCCGAAAAAGUUGGCAUUCUAAAAAAAGACAAACAUCGUGUGGACCAUGUCGGAUUCGGUGUUGUUCUUGGAGAAGAUAAGAAGAAAUUUAAAACGCGCUCGGGCGAAACUGUGCGAUUGCUCGACCUCUUGGACGAAGGUUUGAACCGUUCCUUAAGUAAACUUAAGGAAAAAGAACGGGAAAAAGUACUGACCGAGGAAGAAUUGAAAACGGCUCAAGAAUCCAUAGCCUAUGGGUGUAUUAAAUACGCCGACCUCUCCCAUAACCGCAAUCACGAAUACGUGUUCUCUUUCGAUAAAAUGUUGGAGGAUCGCGGCAACACAGCCGUCUACUUAUUGUACGCCUACACCCGCAUCAAGUCGAUAGCGCGCAACGCAAACUUUACUUUGGAAAAAAUCAAGCAGGUCUCGCAAACUCACGCCAUUUCUCUCGAUCACGAAAAAGAGUGGAAAUUGGGAAAGGCACUGGCACGUUUUCCCGACGUUUUGCUCAAAAUAGCGGACGAUCUUUUCAUGCAUCACCUGUGCGAAUUCGUAUACGAAAUUGCUACGACUUUUACGGAGUUUUACGAUCAGUGUUAUUGCAUAGAGCGCAACUCGAGCGGAGAGAUUGUCAAAAUUAACGUUAGUAGAAUAUUGCUUGCCGAAGCGACUGCUAUGAUUUUAGAAAGGUGUUUUUAUAUUCUCGGACUUAAGCCUGUUUCGAAAAUGUGAGAAUAAUAAAUAUACCUGUAUAUAA